AUGGCCAUGUAUUCCGUCCCGAGUUCAAGUCAUAAUCUGGACGUACUCUCGGCGAUGUCGUUUCAAGAUGUUGUGCCGGGCUCACUCGCUACCAGCUUUCCAGUCGAGGAACAUCCGAUGCUUCUGGGAGGUUUGAUGGUGUAUUCCGAUUGCGAUGAAGGGAGAGCCGUGGUCAGUCACGGCAAAGAGAAGGAAAAGUCCAACGGGCAGACGAAGCGGAAGAAUGUAUCAGCAAAGGGAAAUGCCCGGAAGAAGACAGGACACGAAGCUGAAGUUACGACGGACGGAAGCAAGAAGCGUGGCCGCCCGAGGGUGGAUUGCGCAGAUAAGACGGCUGCUGAACGCCGUCGGACUCAGAUAAGACUCGCUCAGCGAGCGUACAGGAUGCGGAAAGAAACCGCAAUAUCGUCUCUCAGCCAGCGGGUUUCCGAGCUGGAGACAAACAUGCAGGAAAUGAGGAAAGCAUUUCUUGCGUUUAACGAUGAAGUACUAAGGACCGGGGCACUCUCCUCUCACCCACGGCUGGCACAGCAACUACGAACGACCGCAAAACGUGUCAUGUCGCUUGCCCCCGAGAUCACGGAGAGAGACAGGAGCCCAGAGGAUUUGAGCAGCCCUACUGAAUCACUGCCUCAACCUGUCACCACGGAAAGCCCCCAUCAACCUGCUUCAAAUGGGUCCUAUGGGUCCAGUUUGAGUGACGAUUCAUGCCAGAAUAUGGGUAAUGAGGUGUUCUAUUUUGGCCGUGAACCCUUAGCCAACUUGAAUAACGGCGAUAAUUUCUUAUACAUGAACACCGUACCCGCUAAUUUCAGCCAAUUUUACGCCCCCACGAAGAACAAUGCCAUCACUUCCAUCGAUAUACCACCUGUUAGCAACCCUUGCAUGGAACGGCCUGCUAUGUCCGGUUGCACUGUUCCUUCACCCCGUUCUAGCGGCUCGUAUCUUUUCAACCGCGACACACGCUUUACGUAUAGCUAUCAGGAAGCAAGCUUUGCUCGCCAUCUCCAUCGUCGUUCCCUCGAAUUUGGCUAUUCGCUAUUAACAAACCCAGGGACUAGGCCAGAACAGUUGAUCCGAAAGUUCAGGCUCACCUUCUACCUGACUAUGAAAAGUCGUCUUCUCGAUGCAUUUACUACUCUACUGCACAAGGGCGCGGGUGAACCUCUAGAAUUUUUGGACAACCCGAUCUUCUGUGUCGGGAGAGCUGGAAUGCACUACCCUCGCAGAGACGAUCUCGGGAAUGAAAUAUUCCCUCCAAACAUGCAAUCUCUAGACGGGGUAAUAGGGGCACUUCCUUCUCCGUUUGGGGAGACCCAGAAGUUCAAGAACGUCGAAGAGUUCAUCGAAAAAUUGGGGUUUAACGGUGACUGGUUCGACUGCCAUGAUGUCGAAGGGUAUCUUAAAGCAAAGGGGAUUCACAUCGAAAAUCUCUCUACGUUCGUUGAGGUUCCCUCGUCGGUGGUUACAAACCCAAGCGGACCAUUGGCUACCGGUACUUUCAUAACACCUCCUAAUACGCAACAUAACUCUCAGAAUUCCACAUCGACAGCUGGAUCCUCAUAUUCUCUCCCGACUCUCUCCAAUUCCUAUCCCUGCCAUAACGACGGUUCAAUGCAAUUCCUUGGGCUUGACCCUCAUCUCUUACCACCAAGACUCGACGUCGAUCAAAUCAUCAAUAGUAAUGCCACGACUCCCAGCUCGCAAACCUUGAUUAUGGAUGUUGACAAAUUUACCACCCGUAAGUUCAAAUAUUACCUCAAUCUAUUGUCUAUGCCUUUCCUAUAA